UGUCUGAUUUCAUCUCUCACUGUUAUCUUAGACCAAAGCAAAAUGCGGCUGUGGCUUAGCUCUCUGCUGCUCUCUAUGUGCUCGCUCCACUGCUGCAGCGGCCAGCUAUUGGUGGACUUUCUGCGGGACUUUGAGACGUCGCUGCUGAACACGAGGAUACCGGAUACAACGCGCUUCCUGCCGGAGUAUGAUUUCAUUAUAGUCGGUGCUGGCACCUCUGGCUGUGUGCUGGCGAAUCGUCUAAGUGAGAUUUCCUCUGCGAGCGUUCUGCUGCUGGAGGUCGGCGAUCAGGAAACCUUCAUCAGUGAUGUACCGCUGACGGCGGCUCUGACCCAAAUGACGCGCUACAAUUGGGGUUACAAGACGGAGCCUACCGCCCAUGCCUGUCAGGGCCUCAAGGAAGGUGUCUGCAACUGGCCCAAGGGGCGUGGUGUGGGCGGCACCAGCCUGAUAAACUUUAUGCUGUACACGCGAGGACAUCGCAGGGACUACGAUGAUUGGGCGGCGGCCAACAACUCGGGCUGGUCUUACGAUGAGGUUCUGCCCUACUUCAAGAAAUCCGAGCGCAUCGGCAUACCCGAGCUGUACAAGUCGCCAUAUCACGGGCGGAAUGGGCCACUGGAUGUCCAAUACACGGACUACAAGUCGCAGCUGCUAAAGGGAUUCUUGAAGUCCGGUCAGGAGUUGGGCUACAACAUCACCGAUCCGAAUGGAGAGCAUCUCAUGGGCUUUGGCAGAUCGCAGGCCACCAUUCGUAAUGGUCGACGCUGCAGCGCCAGCAAGGCGUUCAUCCAACCGGUGGUGCAGCGCAAGAAUCUGCACAUCUCCAUGAAGAGUUGGGUGACCAAACUGAUUAUCGAUCCACUGACCAAAGCGGUUGACGGUGUCGAGUUUGUAAAGCAGCGUCGGCGGUUUGUGGUACGUGCCAGCAAGGAGGUCAUUCUCUCCGCCGGCACCAUAGCCAGCCCGCAACUGCUGAUGCUGUCUGGGGUUGGACCCUCGGCUCAUUUACAGGAGCACAAUAUAACGGUUUUGCAGGAUCUGCAGGUGGGCUACAAUCUCCAGGAUCACAUCACGCUCAACGGCUUGGUAUUUGUGGUCAACGAUUCGACGGUGAAUGAUGCCCGCCUGCUGAACCCAACGGACAUUUUUCGGUACAUAUUCGUUGGCCAGGGACCGUACACAAUCCCCGGCGGUGCCGAGGCUUUUGCUUUUGUGCGUACUCCCAGCUCUAGUCAUGCCAAGGACUAUCCUAACAUGGAGCUGGUCUUGGGCGCUGGCUCCCUAAGUGGCGAUCGCUUUGGCACUAUGCGGAAUCUGUUGGGCAUCACAGACGAGUUCUAUGAGACCAUGUUUGGGGACCUGCAGCACAGAGAAACCUUUGGACUGGUACCGGUGUUGCUGCGACCCAAAAGUCGUGGACGCAUCUCAUUGCGCAGUCGCAAUCCUUUUCAUUGGCCUCGCAUGGAGCCCAACUUUAUGGAGCAUCCGGAUGACAUACAAGCCAUGAUCGAGGGCAUUGAAAUGAUCCUGCAGCUGGCACGCUCCAAGCCUUUGGUCAAAUUGGGAACUCACUUUCACGAUCGCUCCUUUCCCGGGUGUGAGCACUUGACCUUUGGCAGCGAGUCGUACUGGCGCUGUUGUCUGCGUCGCUAUGGCUCCAGUUUGCAGCAUCAGUCGGGCACCUGCAAGAUGGGACCGGCCACGGACUCGUCAGCGGUGGUGGAUGCCGCGCUCCGGGUUCAUGGCAUCCAAAAAUUGCGCGUGGUGGAUGCUUCUGUAAUGCCGAAUGUCCCAGCUGGACAUACGAAUGCAAUUGUUAUCAUGAUUGCCGAGAAGGCAUCGGACAUGAUCAAGAAUACGUGGCGAAUGAGGACGUCAUAAAACGACUGGACUGUGGAGUGCCCAAACUUUUUAAUUUAUUCUCUAGACAUAAUGUGAUAUGACUAAGCCUUGCAUGUGAUAAUUAAGUAAUUUUGUAGCUCGUAAAAAUUAUUGUUUAGCAUUUCCAAAUU